GAAAUAAAUAAUAUAUUGUAUUAAUAAUAAAAAUAAUAAUUGUUAUUAAAUUUAUCUCUAUGUAUGGUCAUGUGGGGUUGGUUAUUUGGAGUAUGUGAGAUCUACUUCGCUGGAGUGAAUAGAACAGAUAGAGGGAGUGGCAGAUGAAGAAAAGAGAAACAGAGAAGGAUUGUAGAAGUCCGAGGAGGAAGUGAGUGUAUUUGUCAGGGAAUAACUUCGUUGGAUUACAAUUGAAAAACGCCAUAGCUCUUUGUGAAGUUUGGCAUAAAUUGGAUUGAUUUUCAGUCAUGUUGAGGAGGUGAAUGGAAUCUUUUGUAGGGGUUUUAUAGAAAGAUUCUGUGAUGGUAUUCAGGUUGACGCGAUUGAGAACAUCGGAUUUAUAUCCGAUGAUCAUAGUUGAUGGUUGGUUGUUCUAGACUGGCUGCUGGCAUACACGGAUAUGCUAUUUGUUAAAUUUCUUACAAGUUUCAAGUCCUUUUAUCAGCUGGCUAAUUAUAGUUUAUAUUUGAAGCUGCUAAUUUAUCUACGAUUAACAUGUAAUAGAUGUAAUCUUUUGAUAGGAAAAUAGUUGAGUUGCAGUAAUAAAAUUGUCUAUGGGUCAUUGAGAGUUUUAGCUACUUCAAAGUGCUUGUAUGAGUAUCAUAUUUUCCGGGUAGCCUUAUUGUUGGUGGUAUGGUGUUGAAGAGUAAAAUGGAAGCAGAGAUAUUGAGUACUAACCGCCUGCCUGGCUUUCUUCAGCGGUCACUUACUGCUGUUGUACCUAUGCUUUUGAUAUCAAUAGGAUAUGUUGACCCUGGAAAGUGGGUAGCAACUGUUGAAGGUGGUGCCCGGUUUGGGUUUGAUCUGAUGGCCUUCACGCUCAUUUUCAAUUUUGCUGCUAUCUUCUGCCAGUGCAUAUCUGCAAGGAUUGGUGUUGUCACAGGAAGAGAUCUUGCUCAGAUUUGCAGUGAUGAGUAUGAUACAUGGACAUGCAUACUCCUUGGCAUUCAAGCAGAACUUUCAGUGAUUAUGCUAGACCUUAACAUGAUCUUGGGCAUGGCACAAGGAUUAAAUCUUAUUUUUGGAUGGGACUUGUUCACUUGUGUCUUUUUAACUGCUACUGGUGCCAUUUUUCAUGUACUUCUUGCUGUUCUCCUUGACAUUGAGAAGGCAAAAAUCCUAGGCCAUUUUGUGGCAGGUUUUGUAUUACUUUCUUUUAUACUUGGAGUACUACUCAUCAAUCAACCGGAAAUUCCGUUUUCCAUGAAUGGAAUGCUAACGAAGUUGAGUGGGGAGAGUGCAUUUGUGCUAAUGAGUCUUCUAGGAGCAACUCUUGUGCCUCACAACUUUUACCUUCAUUCCUCUAUUGUACAGUGGCAUCGGGGACCAACAAGCAUUUCUAAGGAUGCGAUGUGUCAUAACCAUUUUUUGGCCAUCUUUUGUGUCUUCAGUGGUCUUUAUUUGGUAAACAAUAUGCUGAUGACUGCCUCAGUAAAUGAGUUCUAUAGUACGGGUCCAAUUUUGCUUACUUUUUCAGAUGCAUUAUCACCAAUGGUACAGGUGUUGCGUAGCCCAUUAGCUCUGCUUGGUUUUCUGCUUAUUUUGUUUCUUGCAAAUCAAACCACAGCAUUAACUUGGAAUUUAGGGGGAGAAGUAGUAGUGCGUGGUUUCUUAAAAUUGGAUAUUCCAGGUUGGCUUCAUUAUGCUACAAUUAGAGUGAUUGCUGUUCUGCCUGCCCUUUAUUGUGUCUGGAGUUUAGGAGCUGAAGGGAUGUAUCAGCUACUCAUAUUCACCCAGGUUUUGGUAGCUCUGCAACUUCCAUCUUCUGUGAUCCCCCUUUUUCGAGUCGCUACAUCUAGGUCAAUAAUGGGUGUACACAAGAUCUCCCAGUUUGUGGAACUUUUGGCAUUGAUCAUAUUUAUUGGGAUGCUUGGCUUGAACAUUUUCUUUGUGGUAGAAAUGAUAUUUGGGAAUAGUGAUUGGGUGGGUGAUUUGAGAUGGAAUGUGGGGAAUGGUGUGUCGGUCUCAUAUUUAGUUCUUCUUACUGCUGCUUUUGCAUCAUUAUGUUUGAUGCUUUGGUUGGCUACCACACCUUUAAGAUCUGCCAGUGUCCAACUAGAUGCUCAGGCGUGGAACUGGGAUAUGCCAGGGACUGUUCCAAAUCCGCCAGUUGUUGGUGAGGAAUCAUAUUUAAAUGAAACAAGGUGUCAUGAAGAUGCGUCUGUUCAGGUGAAGGAUCCAACGCCAGCUCGACCAAUGAUCUUGGAGUACUCAGAUGUAUCACUUGCAAGUUUUAAUCCUGAUCUACCUGAAACUAUAAUGGAACCUGAUGAUUCCCAUGUGACUGAUGUUAGGGAGAGUCAUUCUAUUACCUCCUUUCCUAGUUCCCCUAAAUCUCAUGCUAAUGAAUCAGCUUCCACAUCAGAGUCAGAGGUUGUAUCAACUGUAGUUAAUGAGAUUUCUGAUUCUAGAUUGGGAGAUGCCAAAACUAUAAAAAUUGGAACAAGUGCCCCAGUUGAGAAGACUGUAGAAGUUGAAGGAGAUUCAAAUACUGAAAGGGACGAUGAUGAAGGAGACUCGUGGGAAACUGAAGAAUCAUCUAGAGUGGUCUUGGCAAGUACCCCACCUUCAACAUCAGAUGGCCCUGCGUCAUUCAGGAGUCUUAGUGGUAAAAGCGAUGAAGGUGGCAUUGGAAGUCUUUCGAGAAUAGCAGGCUUAGGGCGUGCGGCAAGGCGUCAGCUAGCUGUUGUUCUUGAUGAAUUCUGGGGGCAACUUUAUGAUUUCCAUGGGCAAGCAAUCCCAGAAGCAAAGGCUAAGAAAAUUGAUGUUUUACUGGGACUGGGAGUAGAUUCAAGACCCACCAGUUCCUUGCAGAAAGUGGACUCUUUAAUGAAUUCUGGUCCAUAUGACUCUUCCAGGCAGCCCCGGAUGCAAAGUAAUCCAGAGUCUUCAUAUGGUCUUCAAAGGAGUUCUUCCUCAAUGCGGGCAAAUCCCAUCCAGUUUUUAGAUGCAUAUGUACAGAACUCCAGCCGCAACCUCCUUGAUUCUGGUGAGAGGCGCUGUUCCAGUGUGCGCAGUCUGCAUUCAUCUGAGGCUUUGGAUUAUCAGCCAGCUACCGUACAUGGUUAUCAGACUGCAUCCUAUAUUAGCCGGGUUGGUAAAGACAGAAAUUCCGAUAACUUAAAUCGUCCAAUGGAAUUAUCAUCACUGAAAUCCCCUUCCAUAAGUAAUACCAAUUACAGGGAUUCACUCGCAUUUGCUUUGGGGAAAAAGUUGCAUAAUGGUUCAGGUUUAAGCCAGCCCCCAGGGUUCCAAAACACAGCUGUCUCUAGAAAUCCCCAAUUGCAAUCUGGGAGGUCCUAUUAUGAUUUUUGUUCUUCUGGACCUGCAGAUAAUACAGUCAGUUCAGUUAAUACUAAGAAGUACCACAGCUUGCCUGACAUUUCAGGAUACUCAAUCCCCCACAGGGCUGGUUAUGUGUCUGAUAAGAAUGCUCCAUGGGAAGGUUCUGCUGGAUAUAGAUAUUUUGCUAGUAGGACAGGUUAUGAACCAUCAUUAUGUUCAAAUUCUGGAUCAAGAACAGGAGCUCAUUUGGCCUUUGAUGAACUCUCUCCAUCAGAAGUUUACAGAGGCGGACUCUCUUCACAGUCGAGUUCUGGUUUUGAUACUGGAUCCCUCUGGUCUAGACAGCCUUUUGAGCAGUUUGGUGUAGCUGAUAAAAUUCAUAAUGUUACACGGGAAGGUGUUGUAAGUAGGCCUAAUACAAUUGUUCAAGAAACUAAUACAUUUCAGGAUAUAGAGCGGAAACUUCUUCAGUCUGUUAGACUUUGCAUUGUGAAGCUCUUAAAAUUGGAGGGCUCUGAUUGGUUGUUUAGACAAAAUGAUGGAACUGAUGAGGAUCUGAUUGAUCGUGUAGCUGCAAGGGAGAAAUUUGUUUAUGAAAUUGAAACUAGGGAGAUGAAUCAGGUCGUUCAUAUGGGUGAAUCUCAUUAUUUUUCUUCUGAUAGGAAAUCUAAUUCUCCAAUGAAGAAUAAUGACACAAAUUCCCCUAGUUAUUUGGUGUCCUCGGUUCCUAACUGUGGGGAGGGAUGUAUAUGGAGAUCAGACUUAAUAAUAAGCUUCGGGGUGUGGUGUAUCCACCGUAUUCUUGAUCUCUCACUUAUGGAAAGCCGGCCAGAGCUUUGGGGGAAAUACACCUAUGUGCUCAAUCGCCUACAGGGCAUCAUUGAUCCAGCCUUUUUUAAGCCUCGUAGUCCCUUGGCCGCAUGCUUUUGCCUUGAAGUUCCCAUGACUCAUCAGCAAAAGUCAAGCCCCCAUCUUUCAAAUGGGAUGCUACCCCCAACUGCAAAACCAGCCCGGGGAAAAUGCACAACUGCAUCAACGUUGCUUGACCUGAUCAAGGAUGUGGAGAUUGCGAUCUCUAGCAGGAAAGGACGCACAGGAACUGCAGCAGGUGAUGUUGCUUUCCCAAGGGGGAAGGAAAAUUUAGCCUCUGUUCUCAAACGGUACAAGCGUAGGUUAUCCAACAAGCCCGUUGGCACCCAGGAAGUGACUGGUUCACGCAAGAUCCCCACGUCAGCACCAUACAACUUGUAGCAUUUUGCAUUAACAAAAUCAGUGUUGCUUGGGCUGUUUUACAAUUUACAUAUUGUGAAGCAGCUCAUGCUCUAUCUAGGUCAAUGAGUGCUGUGUCUCCGUCACUCCGUGUAUCAAAAUCUUUUCAGUAGAAUUUAUCCUUGUAUGUUACAUACACAUAGGGCAAGAAUUACUAUAUGCAAUUGCGGCAAAAUCAAAGUUGAAAAAUGUUUAGAUCGAAAAUUAGUUCCACUUAUUUGUUACUUAUCC